GGGAACAGACUGAUUGUUCUCGAGUUCUUUGUGUUCAAAGUAGCUAGCGUGUAUGGUAUUAAUUCUAGGAAUCUCCAUUCCUGGAAUAUUUAUAAUUGUGACACAAGUCGCAAGUGUCUCCUCCUCCUCCUACUAUUUCUUGCGGACCCCACCUCCCUUGUACAUUCAGUGUGUUUCAAGCUUUGAGCUUGAAAUAUCUCCUUGAGAUAUUAACAAAACUCAGUGUUCAGAGAGAGGGCAAGGCGAGAUUGAUAGUGUUGUGUGCCAGAAGUGAUUUCACUGAGUGUGUGUUUUAUUUUCUUUGUUUAUUUGUUGUCCCGUUGUUAUUUAUUUGUACUGAAGAAACAAGUAUUUGGCCGGACUCUCGAAGCAUCCAUUUACAAUAAGAUUGAAACACUCGCCUUCAGUGUGUUUCUACAUGUGUGUGUGGAGGAGGUAAAGUGGGGGCAAGAGAAAAAGUUCCACAGUGGUUAACGACAGCAGACACUUGACCCGGAAAAUCCCGUCAGUUUCCCCUGCUGUCUCACUUGAAGAGACUUUAUAACAAGAUCUCUCCGUUCCCAGUGUUGACACGAGUGGCUGACAUGCUGCUUUGUUACCAGCGACCUUUACCAACACAUCAAGGAACGCCAGACAUCCCUCUGACAGCAGCAAGCACUGAUUUUAUCGUGGUCGCGGAAACACAGGAAAGCCAGGCUGUGAGGAACGUGUCCCUUAUGACGUUUCAGGAGGAGAAUUCUGCACUGGUGCCAGUACGUUGUCAAAACCAGGUAUCCACUGGAAGUAGAGACCCAGAAGCAGAUAUGCAAUGUAUUACAACCACCCUCAGACAACUGGAUCUGUCAGGAUGGUACUGGGGUUCUCUCACAGCCAGCGAGGCCAAGCAACAACUCAACAAGAUGCCUGAAGGAACCUUCCUCAUCCGAGACAGCUCACACCCCAGCUAUCUGCUGACGCUUUCAGUGAAGACCAAUCGCGGUCCGACAAACGUCCGGAUAGAGUACAGCAAUGGCAAGUUCUGCCUGGAUUCAUACUACUUGGCCAAGCCCAGGAUCCUGGCCUUCAAUGAAGUUCUCAGCCUCAUCCAGCACUAUGUCACCUCUUGCAUCGUGGACCGGUAUGACAAAUCAGCUGACUCAGUGUCCCUGCCCCCCAAGGAUACUGCCAUCCACCUAAAACUCAUCAAACCCCUUCACCGAAAGGACUCAUUCCCCUCUCUUCAGCACUUGUGUCGAUUGACUAUUAACAGAAUAACACACCAAGUGGACAAGCUGCCGUUGCCAAAAAGCGUCCAAGAAUAUUUGGAAGAAUACCCGUUCCUCCUCUGAGAUAGUAUUGGUUUUCUUUUUGUUGAAGUGAUUGGUGGGGAGGGGUUUUGGUAGGGAAAGCACAGGCUCCUGUAGGCUCCUGUUUCCUGGCUGAGUGAUGACUGCGCACUGGGUUUUCUGAGAACAUUGGUGGGUUUUUGUUUGAAACUGCACGUUGCGUGUUGGACAAUUGAACAGACUUAGUUGGUUUCAUUGUACUGGAGCAGGUCCUGUGGACUUAUUCGAAAAACUAAAAUGUGAACUAAGAAAGAUGCUAAGGAAGCUGAGUUGAAAGACAUAAUACAGGUAUGCAAAGAAAAAAGAACUCUACAGCUUUUGUAUCAUUGAAUGCACUUUGAUUAUUUUUAAAGUUACCUGUUUUUAAAAAAAAGUAGAAAACAUUUUCUAAUAAAGUAUUAUAAAACACA